AUUUGCAGCCACUACAUGAACGCCAUUGAAGAAAUACUGGAACACUCUCAGCAAGAACUGCAAGGAUAAAAAGCAAUGAGCACAAUACUUAAUGAUGACAUCUGAAGCCUUUAACUUUGCGGUUGGAGAACAAGAUUUGGCUUUAGUAACCAAGGAGGAUUUUGAUGCGUGCAACACAGCCGACCCGUUGCUUGUGUUCCAACAACCGGGAGACUAUAUAUUUCAAAGCGAGGGCAUGUAUUAUUUGACCUGCACCUUCGCCGGCCAUUGCGCCAAAGGCCAAAAGAUUGCCCUUUACUUCGCUCCCUCAGGCGGAUCUCCAUCUCCAAGUCCCGCUGCAGGUCAAAGCCAAAGUCAAAGUGCUGAUGAUGCUGCCGCGGUCAAAUUUGUGUCCAAGAAAGAGUAUGGCUUCAAGAAAUUAAUGCCUGGAACGAUGAAGUCCCUCUAAAUAUUCCAUGCUCGCUAUAUAUAGCUUGCCAAGAAGAGUACUUUCUGCUUAUUAUUAUCUUAUGAAUAACUAGAAGCACUGUCUGCUUAGUAUGUUAUGUGAUCCAUAUA